GCCUAUUUGUAUUUGCGAAAAAAGUCUGUAUAAAUAGACUGGCCCUAUCCUGUUGCAGCGGAUACCAGAGGCUGCCAAACAAGUUUUUGAGCCACUCCAACGAAGGAACCAGCCGUCGCUUCUCUGCCUAGAAGGGCAGAAGAAUUUGUAUUGUGCUGGUCCCCGCGCCAUGCCAAUUUAUUAGUAGCUGCAGCAUUCUUCCUGCAAUCGCUUUUAGUAUAUUUGCUGUCGUCGAUGCAACAAGUCGACGUCUCCUCGCUGAUGUCUUGGUGGAAGCAAGUGAAAAGCCAGCAACUGCAGCAACAACGGCAAGAAAGUGGAAAACAAAGUUCAACAUUCGCCGCUUCAAUGCAUUAACAUGCGCCAUUACUCACACAGCAACGGUCAAAAAUGAAAAAGACAAAGAUUUGCCGGCAAGUCGCCUAUCGUAUACCCUAGGCAACCUAAGAUAGACACACACUUUGCGCAUAAUUAAAGCAGCAUUCAGAAGGCAGCGAGCGUCGCUAUUCGACAUAUGAUUAAGUGAUAUCAAACAGUGGGGCCAAUGGUCAAGCACCCGAUUCCGACCGAAGCACGAAUAAAUUUGUAUUUAAAAACUGCCGCUAUAUGCUUGCCACAGACAAAGCGUUGCGGAAACCAGCACAUGAAGCCCGCAAUCAGUGAGAGUCAAGAACAGAUAAAGAGUGAAAAGAGUAGCGUAUAUAUUGCGCAUCCGCACUGUCCGCCUAUCAGUUAGCUACUCAGUACUAGCAUCGAAUGAAACUUUUGCCAAGCGCUUACUCGCUGAUAACACUUGAAAUUCUCCGAAAGUACUGUGAUGCAGUGGGUGCACAGCAAAACUACUGCCCAGUUUCUGGCCGCUGGGCGCAACUAAGGCUACUCAGCCUUCAGUCCGUGACUUGCUUUUCCCCUACACCCGGUUCGAUCGGGGAAUAGACGGACAGCCAGAGCUCCAGACCGCCGGUUCCUCAAUCAGACCGCCAGUCAUUCGUUCAGAACUCGAGCGGACUGUCAGACGUCACCGAGUAAAAAAUUUCAGUACGAUCAUAUGCCCCAACGAAAGGUUAUCAUCGUAGCUUAACAUUGUACGAACGGAGCAAUGACAUCGCAUCGAAACAACGACGUACUCUAGGAAUUUCAAGAUGCAAACCGCCAGCAGCUUAAAAUGCAGCACAAACUCCCAGAACAGCUCGCUUCAAUAUAGCAGCGAUAUCAAUGCAAUCAGCCUUGAACUGCCCGAUCAUUCGGAGGACUUUCAAUCAGUCAACGGAUUAAAGUACUUGCCAUCUUGGCCAACGGUUAAUUUGCACUUUACUGAAUUAAGCUAUGAAGUCCCCGAUCAGGCCAAUGCUUCAAAGACAAAGGCAAUUUUGCGGGGAGUAAACGGGUUGUUCCACUCCCAUGAGCUCACUGCUAUUAUGGGGCCUUCAGGAUCCGGUAAAACCACACUGCUGAACCUGCUAGCGGGAUUUGGCAGCGCCGUUAGCUAUUCUGGAGAUAUAUUAGUCAACAGCAGUCCACGCGAUAUGCGGGUCUUUCGCAAAAUGUCCCGAUAUAUAAUGCAGACAGAUGUUUUGGAUCCGCAGUUUUCGGUGCACGAAAUGAUGCUUUUGGCGGCAAACCUUAAGUUGGGAAAUGAACUCAACCUUGAGCAAAAGCUAGAAGUGAUUGACGAGAUAUUAGAAAUGCUUCGACUAAAAGGAUCCAAAGACACCAUGGCUCUAAAGCUUUCGGGCGGUGAGCGAAAACGUUUGUGCAUUGCCCUCGAGCUGGUCAACAACCCGCCCGUCAUUUUUCUAGACGAGCCCACGACCGGCUUGGAUGAUUUGUCGAGCUCACAGUGCAUUGCCCUGCUGAAAAUGUUGGCCGCCGGGGGACGGACUGUGAUCUGCUCCAUCCACACGCCAUCCGGCAAGAUAUUCGAAAUGCUCGACACUGUCUACGUCCUCGCCGAAGGCCAGUGCAUCUACCAGGGAAGUGGUUCCAACAUUGUGCCUUACAUGCAGCAACUGGGGCUGCGCUGUCCAAUAACCUACAACCCGGCAGAUUUCAUUAUCGAAGUGGCAUGCCUCGAGUACGGAAAAUGCUAUCACAAUCCAAUGGUGGAGGCCGUUGGCAACGGCAAAGUUGAGCGCUGGACUCCUCCAUCGAAGGAUGGUAAGGUGACUCCCACCAAAACCGACACCACUUCGGGCGCAUCCUCGUUCUACGAAAUGGAUCAAUUUGAAGAGGAGAUCAGCCCAAAACUUUUGCAAGCGAAGUGUAGCUGGUGGAUGCAGUACAAGCUUCUACUAGUGCGUAUGCUAAUCCAAAUGUGGAGGGACAAAUCGUACAUUAAGCUGAAGUUUUACAUGAACAUAGUACUGGCGUUACUGGUGGGGUCGCUCUACUUUGGAAUGGGAACGUCGGCCUCUAAGGCACUUUUCAAUUUCGGUUUCAUGUUCACUAUUGUGAUAGCAUACCUGUACCUGCCUAUGAUGCCAGUGCUCCUAUACUUUCCAACGGAAAUCAAUCUGCUGAAGAGGGAGUACAACAACCAAUGGUACCGCCUUAGCUCGUAUUACGCUGCAAUGGUUUCCUCCAAGCUGCCAUCCAUGUUCGUCCUCGCCGUUAUUUAUCUGUCCAUUGUGUACUUAAUGUCCAGCCAGCCACUGGAAUGGUUCCGUUUUGCCAUGCUUUUUACAAUAGCUUUCGUAACGGCCUUGACUUCCGACAGUUUUGGUUUGCUGAUCUCUAGUAGGCUGAGCUUGGUGAAUGCGAUGUUCAUGGGACCAGUGGUCGCCGUGCCCCUGAUACUGCUUUCGAUACACGGCAUCGGGUAUGGCAGAGGCACCUACAUAUCCCCUCUUAUGAGGUUUUUGAUGCAUUUAAGUUUCCUGCGCCACAGUAUGGAAGGCCUAGUUGCCUCCCUGUACGACUACGGGAGAGCGGACACAAUUUGCGAGGACACGGAAAUCUUUUGCUCCUUUAAAAAGUCCAAGGUCCUGCUGGCCUUUCUAGGUUUCGAGGACAUGCACUAUUUGUGGUCUCUCACCUGCUUGAUUGGCUUCUAUUUGUUUUUUACUGUUGCUGCGUACAUUAUGAUACGGCAGCGGCUUAAAAAAUCGACGGCUAAUCCGAUUUUCGCAUACGUCCUACAACUGUUAUCUAAAUAUUUUAACUUUACAUCGUACAAUUACUAAACAAAAACUUGACCUGUUGGUGCCGGUGCUGUACAAAUAAUUUAAAGCAGGAUCGAUGGUCAGUUUAACUCAAUUCAAAUAGGCCAUAAUUUUUUUAAAGAACAACUUGUGAGUUAGAUUAUAAUUUUCAAUAAAACAUUUAUACAGGUAAAUGAGUGAUAUUCGAUUAGAUGUAAAUUUUAAUAAGAAAAUAAACGAUAAUUAUAUAA